AUGACGUUGGAAGAAGGUAAAGCAACGCAUGGAGCAGGAAGACUAUUAGAAGUCAAAGAAAGAAAAUAUGCACGAGAUAUGCAAAUUAAAAGGGAGGCAAAGCUGGCUUUUGAGGCAAUUGCAGAUAAAAAGUGGAGUUUCAUAGUAGUGGAUUUUGAAGCAUAUGAACGAGAUCAUAAAAUCAUAACAGAAGCUGGCAUUACUACUAGAGUGAACGGUCAAUGGCAAUCCUUUCACUAUCGGAUUACUAAUUAUUUGCAUCUGCGCAAUGGUAAAUAUGUUCCUGAUGAAGUAGAUAACUUUCGCUUUGGACAAUCCGUUUUUCUAACGAAGGCUGCACUGCAGAGAAAAUUAGACGAAAUACUUCAGCUUCCGAAUUCAAUUCUAGUUGCUCAUGGAAUUUCUAAUGAAUUGAGAUACUUUCAAAUUUUGGGAGUGGAUAUCCCUCCUAAAGUCAUCAUGUUGGACACCCAAAACAUAUUUUGUUUCUUCAAAGCGUCCAAGCACAAUUCGAAUCUUUCAGAGGUUCAUGUAGGUCUUCGAAGUAUGUUGAAACUUCUGGAAAUACGACCUUUUUGUCUUCAUAAUGCAGGGAAUGAUUCCAAGUAUACCUCUGAUGCUUUACAGCUUAUGGUUGCUGCCUUUGAAGUCUCGAUGUUUCGAGAUAUCGCUACUGAAACUUAG